AUGGGUAUAUGGCAAGCGGGAGCUGCAGGACUGCUUUUCCUUCAACUUCUGAUAGCAAGUGCAUUUCCAGAUCUUCAAAACCCGGACUUUGGAAUACCACCAACAAACCCAUUUAUAGCACUGAAUUCAACAAUCAAAUCCAUACUAGGAUGGUCAUAUCAAGGCACCGUAAAGUAUGUCAUUUUAUCAAGUUCGAGUGAAGAAGGAAAUCCAAUAUAUUUAGGAGAAAAUGGAAAGGUUAAUCAAACAUUUAAAGAAAAUAAAGAAUCACAUCAUUAUCUACUUACAUUUAAUCUUCGACCAGCUCAACCACAUUGUGCUAAUCCUACUAGUGUGACCGUAUCUGUUCCAGAUAAAUCAGUUGUUGUCACUUUUAAUGAGAAAUUCACUGGGAAUCAAAGUAGUUGGCAAACUCAUGGUGUUUCUUUGGGUAUUCAUGGAAACGGAGAGUUAGUUAAUCUGAAUCUUGAAAGUCAAGCAUCUCGCCAAACUAGUAACACCACUGUUGUGACUAAAUGUGGUGUGCUUUUGGAUUCAUUCAUUCUCAAGAACAUUUCGAAUCCUAUCAAUAGUUCUGGUGAUUAUCUUUCACAGCAAAUGUGUGGAGAUGAGUUUCUUAUUUAUAUUGAUAGUUCAUCAGAACUAUUUCAGAAACUGUUACAGAUGCUACAUAGAUGGUAA